AUCCACCAGUGACUCCUCUAUUCUAUUAAGCACCCCGCACAAAGUUAAAGGCUAGCCGACCUACAAGUUGGCUGUGUUCUCGAUUUCUCCACACACCGAACAUCCGCAAGCGUCUGCCAACUGUUAAUUCUGUUCUCUAGAUCCGAAUGGUGAAGUACGAGGUCGACGAAGCGUUCUUCGACAAUCGACACUAUGGACUCACCCCCCGCGACCUCGAUAGUGAAUCCGGAAUCUAUUUCAAGCACACCUACACACGAGGUCUUACGAAACGGGACGACGCAUACUACACGCCAGCAGACUACAAAGAAAAGCCCGAAAAGGAAGCCCCAGCCACGAAACCUCCAUCCCAGACCGUCACCGUCACCGAAAUUGCAAACCUGCCGCUUGUUCGGGUAUCCUAUAAGGCCCAUAUUUUCACGACCGCCACACGGACUGUAUUAACUCAAAGGUUUUAUCAUCCCGGAAAAGCGCCGAUUGAUGGAGCGACCUAUAACUUCCCACUGUACGCUGGUUGCUCGGUAGUGUCAUUCGUUUGCCAUGUCGGUCCGAAAAAAGUCAUCACAGGUGUAGUCCAACCAAAGGAGGUUGCCAGGGCGACAUAUGAGAAGGCCAAGUCCCAGGGACAUACGGCAGGUCUACUGGAGGAAUUCACCCCGGAGAUUUUUAAGACCAGCCUCGGGAAUAUCCCCGCCGGGGCUAAUGUUAAGGUUGAGAUCACAUAUCUUACGGAGCUGAAGCAUGAUACAAAGGUGGAUGGUAUUCGGUUUACCGUGCCCACUUCCAUUGCUCCAAGAUAUGGAGACCCACCUGAAGGGCUUUUUGGGGACGAAUAUAAGAUCCGCGUCGCGAAGGGCGUGUCCUUCUCGAUUUCCGUGACGAUGGGGGAGAGGAUACGGAGUAUCGAAAGCCCUUCGCAUAAGGUUUCCAUCCAAGUUGGAACUCAUGAAGCGGUCACCAAAAAGAACCCUAAUCCAGCAAGCCAAUACGAUGACAAGAAGGCGCUUGUGACUCUAUCUCAGAAAUCUAUGCAUUUGAGUGGAGACUUUGUCCUUCUUGUCACCACCGCAACGCCUCGAUUUCUAUGUACCCCUACGGCCCUGCUUGAAGAGCAUCCCAAAAUACCUGGCCAGAAAGCCCUUAUGGUGACGCUCGUUCCGCGCCCCGACCAUCCCAAGACUUCCCACUCACAAAAAAGUGAGAUAAUUUUCAUAGUAGACCGAUCUGGGUCUAUGGAGGAUAUGAUCCCACCCCUAAAAUCCGCCGUGAGUGUCUUCAUUAAGUCAUUACCAAAAAGGUGCAAAUUCAACAUCUGUUCAUUCGGCAGCGAGUAUUCGUUCCUCUGGGAGAAGUCGCAAGAUAACACCGCACACUCAGUAGAAACUGCGUUAAAUCUUGUGGACAGAUUCGAGGCAAAUAUGGGGGGAACUGAAUUGCUACAGCCUAUUCGGGAGACUGUGGAUCGGAGAUCGACAGAUAUGAAUACGGAAGUCAUCGUUUUGACCGACGGGGAAAUCUGGGAGGAAGAUAAUGCGCUAGCAUUUAUAAAACAAGCGGCCAGGGACAGCAAAGGAAAGUUAAGAUUCUUCUCCAUCGGUCUUGGAUCGGAGGUCUCCCAUUCAUUGAUCGAGGGAAUCGCCCGGAGUGGCGGCGGUUACUCGCAGAUUGUUGCGGAUGGUUCGGAUGAGCAGGAUACAGGUGGAUGGGAAGGCAAUGUAGUGAAAAUGCUUAAGGCAACAUUGACGGAACAUAUUGAUCAUUACAGCCUAAAGAUCAUCCACGAUGGUUUUCACGAAUCGGACGAGGAAGAUAGCGACAGUGAGGAGAAACACACUUCCUCCCCCGCUGCUGGCCCUAGUACAGCCAACGCGGGGAAGAGCGCGAUGGCCCCUCAGGCACCAAAGAAGCUUUCACUCUACAGUACCAGUGCAGAUCUUGGGACGGCUCCUACAUCCUCUCCUUCCGAUGACGAACCUUUCGCCGGAAGACCCGGGGCAACGGCCGAUCCUGCUCUCUUGGAGGACAGAUUUUCACAUCUGAGAAGGCUCCAGAGCCCUGAGCUGCUCCAGGCGCCAUACCAAAUUCCGCCUCUGUAUCCACAAGUACGGACUGUGGCUUAUUUUCUCAUUUCUCCAACGGGGGAUCGUUCACUCCGAAACCCCACAUCGGUGAAACUGCAGGGAACCUCUCUCGAUGCCGCAAGGGAGCAAUCGAUUCCGAUCACCCGGCUCGACAAGCCCGGUUUAACAAUUCAUCAACUCGCGGCACGCAUGGCUUUAAGAGAUCUAACGGAUGGUUCAAGCUGGCUGCACUCCGGGAAACACGGAAUUGGCCCCGAAGACGUCUCAUUCCAAGAGUACGUCGAGAGAGAAGGAGAGUCCCUGUCGAUCAAAUGGGGUCUCGCAAGCAAGUGGGCUAGUUUCGUCGCGGUGGAAGAUGAAUUCCUGGAGAAGGAGAUUACAGAGAAAGCCGCCACAAAAGCUAACGCGAAGCAGCGAGGCAGAGAGGGUAAGAUUGAUAGCGAUAGCGAUGAUAGUGACAGCGAUUUUGUGUCUGCCGAUAGCUGGCCGAAUGCCGGAACGCCUGAGCCCAGCUCUACCAUAACUUCAGUCACAGAUAUGCCCGCGAGUGCAUUUGGUGCGCUCCCUUUGGGAAAACAACCCCCGGCACACAUAGCCGCCCCGAGCCUUUUGAAGGUUCCACCGCCCGUGGUUUCAUCAGGGAAAAUACCUGGGCCUUUUAGCGUAAUGCACGUUGGACAAGAUAGCAUGUCGAUGAUGCUGCAACCUCGUGUUGAAGUCGCGAAUGAAGCUUGGGAUCACAUGCUUAUCAACAACCCUAUUCAAAACAGGAUGCUAUCAACCCAUAGUCACCAUUCAUCUAUACGUUCGUAUUCUCUAGUUCCCCUUUCCAAAAAUUACUAACCCCGUCCUAACAGGACGGAAAAGAUAUUCUUACAAUCCGACCGCCUCCAGCGAAACCUAUAAUAUAGACUCCGAAGCUAAACGACUAGCCACUGCCAGCGACGGCGAAUGCUCCUUAGGAGAGGAUGUUGGUGAGGAGAGCGAUGUUGUCUCAGAAUCCUCCGGCUCUAUAGAAACCAAACCCUACCUGAACCAGCAGGAACAAUGUUACUCAGAACUGCCCUUCGUCGCACUCACUUCCGUCAGCUCAUCCACAGUAUCAUCUCAUCAAGAGGUACCCACCCUCAUCGGCCCUGAACCCAGCCAAAGUGACACCCCGCACCAGAAAGUCGUCAAAAUAAUCCGCCUGCAAGAGUUCAUUGGCUCGUUCCCGGUGACUGAGGAAAUGGCGCGGUUGAUCGGCCUCGAACCGCUAGACGCGGAGGGGUUGGCGAUGGAGUUGUUCCCGGACAAGGUUACGGACGCGAGCAAGAUCCUGGCUAUGACGGCGCUGGUGGUGGCCUACCUGGAGUUGGAGAUGUACGAGCACGAGGAUAUCUGGCAGAUGAUUGUUGAAAAGGCCUGCGAGUUCGUGGAGGAAGGGUGUGAGAGGGCUGAGGCCCUGAAGGAGAAGGCCAAAGGGGUUAUCCAAGAAAAGGUUUCAGCGGUUGGUCAUUCCCACGCCCCGGGAGUCGUGAGUGCUGCUGCUUCGAUACUGACCCAGAGCAGGAUGAUGAUGAGGAGGAGUGAUCAUAAAUGA